AUGCACAACAAGGGCAAGAAGGAUGCAAUGGACACACAAGAUGAGCCUGAGGAGUUUGUGGUGGAGAAAGUGCUAGACCAACGUAUUGCCAAUGGAAAAGUAGAAUUAUUCUUGAAGUGGAAGGGAUUUACAGAGGCUGACGAUACCUGGGAACCAGAGGAUAACUUGGACUGUCCAGAGCUAAUCUCAGCGUUUUUAGAAGCACAGAAGACCGUUAAGGAGAAGCCUGCUCCUGUGAAGCGGAAGGCAUCAACAGAUGAGACGGAGACAGAAGCCAAGAAGAAGGAUGUGCCUGAGAAACCACGUGGCUUCGCUAGAAAUCUCGACCCAGAACGGAUCAUUGGUGGAACAGACAGCAGCGGGGAGUUGAUGUUCUUGAUGAAAUAGAAAGACUCAGAUGAAGCAGAUUUGGUCCCAGCCCGCGAGGCCAACACUCGCUGCCCUCAGGUAGUCAUUUCCUUCUAUGAGGAGAGAUUGACAUGGCAUUCCUGUCCAGAGGAUGAGGCUCAGUAGUAUUGUCCUGUGGUCCCGGCAGUCCCGUAACACCCUUUUCAUCAGGACUGUGUUUUGUUCUCUGGCUUGCCUUUUUAGUUUUAGCCAUCCUAGUUAUUUUUUGAAGACGUUCCAGCCCUCUCAUUAUAUGGCUUUCAUGGAGAGCUAAGUUGUUGUACAUAUUAGCUGA